CUACUACCCCGUCAAACAUGGCUGUCUUUUUCUGACUUGACUAAUUUGUAAAUAUUAAUAGAGCAAACGUUGAUAUCUACUAGUAAAUGUUAAACCACCAAUUAUAUCACAAAAGUAGGGCAAAAGCCCUCAGCGAGAGCGCAGAGGAACGUUUAGCUUUUUUAAAGCUUUCCUCCGCCUGCAAAACAGCUUUUUUAUGUACAGCCACAAAACAGCUUUAUUUUUCUGCGGACAAACUGGCAACACUGGCGCGGCUGGCGUCGCGAUGCGCAGCAUUGUUUUUGUCAUCACUAUUGCACUGACAUUGUUGCUCCGAUUCGCGUUAUAAUUUAGCCAGUUUUGCAUUAAUUUACCACAGUUUUGGGCCGGGCAACAAUGAAAAUAUACAAGCAGAAGCUGCGCGAAGUUUGGCUGCAGAUGGACGAGUUCCGCCAGUGGCUGCGCAGGGAUCCGGACGACUCGUACCGGGCGCACUGCCGCUACUGCAAGUGCUGCGUAAACACGAAAAUCAGCGAUUUGCGGGCCCACGCCGCCACCAAGAAGCAUAUGAAGCAGGUGGAUCUCAGGAACCCCACUGUUACCCGCCAGAUUGAUGCCGAGGGCCAGCUGGUGACGACCACCAUUAGUCCCGCCGUCAGCAACUACCAGCGCGGCCCGAAAAAGACACCCGGUCCCAAGGUUAAGAAGGAGCCCGCGGUGAAAAAGGAGAGGAAGUCGACGGACCCGCCUGUGGACUACGAGCAGAUUAUUGAAAACUUGGCCCUGUACGAGACCGAGCAGGUGAUGUUCUCCAACGUCCCGCUCAACGACACCAUCGAGCAAGAGUUCCAGGAAGAGUGCGAAGUCGAGGGCGAAUGUGACGCCGACGCCGGCGACGGCGGCCAGAUGUCCGUGGUGAGCGUCGUCGACGAGGAAAUGGUAAACAAAGCGGUGGCCAGCGCCCUUAGCGUUCAGAGGGACUCGUCACAGGUCUUUGGCGACUUUGUGGCCGACCGACUGCGACAGUUGAAUAACGACGCCGCCGAGUUUGCCAAGGACAAGAUCAUGAAGGUCAUUCUCGAGGCAGCCUCCAUCGACCGGGCACCCACUUACAGUUAAAGCGACAAUUAAGAUGAAAUAAUUAGUUUACUUUAUGGAUUACACAUAGAACUUUGCAUGCAAAAGAUGCGUGCAGCAAUAUAUAUAAUGAACAAAGUAAUUUACUUUUUAUUACUGAAUUCCCAUCUUGAAACUAAACUCCUUUUUCUUAUCAUUUCUUAUAAGUACUUCUUUUCAAUUGAUGCUUAAGAAUAAUAAUUUUGAUUUAUAUUAAUUUUUAGAGUUUGUGGAGAAACUUGAUUAAAAUGUUUUUGGGAGCUGUGUCAAUGAA